AUGGGCGCCGUGCUUUCUGGUCGGCCCCAUGUGUCUGCCCCGACCGAUCCCUCUUCACUUCUACCACCGUCACAUGUAAACGCAAUUGAUGCGUCGUUCCACAAUCAAGACGAUUCCUUCCCUUACGUGGUACUCUUCAAUGGAAGCCACUACGACCUCUUCAUUGCUUCAGUAGAUGGUCAGCCCAUGGAUGCCGUCCUUUCCCAAUCACUUCUUUAUCUAAAUUUCUGCAUUGAAGAUGACCCUCCCGCUGUAGACUCUCUCUUGCUCCCUUCGCGACGAGGUUCCUUUGAAGGCCGCCUCUUCCGGGGCCAGCUUACCGCCUUUAUAACGGUCGGGCAUGUCAUCCGUGCCGUUCUUUAUAGUGAGGAUAUCAUCAGCAAUCUAACCCUCGUAUUGAUUGAUAAAUACCCAGCAACCGGAAAAAGAGCUAGGAAUGGACGGCCCUCUUGUGAGCGGCUUUCCCCUACAUAUAUCGUGACCCCCUUCUAUUGUCCGCCCCUGCCUGGGCGCGGAUCUCCCACGCUCUUUCACGAUGUGCGGAGCAUUUUCCGCGAGGGGCUUGUUGUGCCUCAACUGACAAUAGGCGGCUUCGGAAAAGCUAUCACUUACCGCUCUGUUCGUGUCUUUACAAGCCCUCAUCGGCUCAGCGUCUAUGCGACACAGAGCCCUCACGGAAAGGACUCCGGCGCCCACGAAGCUUCGUGGCUGACAGGCCAGGAGUCCAUCUUUCGAGACACUCUGACGGUCAUGCCUCUGAUCUGGCGUCGCCCCGAUGCCGUUAUUUCUCAGAUAGCGCCUCACUACCCAGACGUUUCCAAAUACGAUGUCCCUGUCAUCAGGUGGCAGCACGUAGUGGGAAUGGAUAACCCUUCGACGACCUUACUUUGCAGUGUUGAUGGGUCUCAGUUGGAAGAUCUCAUGGCUAGACGGGAGCGGCACGGAUCCAUUGAAGACCCGGCCCUCAUCAUUGUGUUCUUUGCUGGAACCCCGUACAGGAUGUACUGGGAUCUUAAGUUUCAUCAUAUGACUACGGCCUUUGUGCGACGGAUAAUAGAGUAUUUUGAGGCUAUUAUCCAUGAUGCUGCUCGUAGCUUUCGGCCUGCUACGCCUCGUGAAAGUUCAAGGAAUAUGCAAGCACACCUUACUCCAAAUAGAGCUACAGCUCGGUACCGGGUGACAGUGCGUCGGAGUGAGAUGUUUGGCGGGAUACUCUCUCGGUUCCUACGAAUUCCUGUGACUCUUCAGUACUUCAUCCCACAAGUUAAACGGAUUGCAGACGCACCGUAUACACGCGUCCCACAGGUUACAUUUGAUGGAGAGCAAGGAGUGGAUGCAGGCGGUCUUCUAAAAGAGUUGCUUGUGGGCAUCGCAGCAGAUGUACAUGAAUCAGGGCUUCUGGCGUGCAUCAACAAGGUAGACAAACUCUGGAGUAUUGCCCCAGAGUGUGGAGUAGCAGAUCUUUCUAUUUGUCAGGAUCUUCCGUCGAUGACACGCAUUACCAUGUAUAGAGUGAUAGGCCAUUUGUUAGCAGUCUCCUUAAUUAAGGACUUCAAGUUCCCCAUUGCCUUAUCACCGGCGCUAUUGUUUUUACUCCUGCACUGCACAGUCUCCCCAGUGGGAGCCCACUACUAUGGUGAGAUACAAUAUAGCAGUACACUAAUGGCUUUAAAGGAGACUGCCGCCCAGAUUUUCCAUGAAAAGAUCACAGGAAGAAAGCAUCUUUCACCACAGCGAUACCAGUCAUAUCUUACGUUAAGGGGGUGCUCUCUCAUUGCAGCUGCCAUUACUCAAGGCAAAACGCUGGAUGCAUUUCCUGAUGUGCAAUUCGGUCCAUGGGGCGUAGGAGUCGCUGCUCUUUCUUUACACCCGUAUGACGCACUUACACUUUAUUGCUUGGACAUGGAUACUGGAAGCUCAAAUAUGAGUCCAGCAUAUCUUCUCUUCCCGGAUUUGAAGGCCAUUGGGAUGGACGGCUGUAUCUCAACCACACUUCAAUCGACGAAUAUACGAACCGACACCAAUCUGAUUGCUUUUGAUAGAUUGAUAAAAUUCUAUCGAAAGAGCGGACAUAUGUUUAGAAACUUGAGCAGGAGAAAGGUAUAUACGCCUAUUUCUCUCGUUAGCGCUCAUAUGACUGGGCCCUCCAGCGUUGGCAAAGAGAACCAGAUGUCUACUGUUCUUUGCAGUGACUCCUCCGAAGAAAGCGAAGAGCAUAAGACGAAUGUGGAAGCGUCUGCGAUAGAGACAGAUGCAGAUGGUACUCUUCCGAGGAACAAAGGGGCUGUCUAUGCAUCCCAUUUGGCAUAUUCCCAUAUCCUCGGUCUAAUUUACUAUGAGGCAUGUGCCUUAGCGGACGGAUUCUGUACCUUACUACGCAUGGCGGGUGUUAAUUUGACCAAUGAGCAGAUCCCUGUGACCUAUAUCCUAAAACGCUUCUAUGCUACACUAGAUCCUGUCCAUCUCACGAGGGAACUCAUCCUUCGCCACUUUCGCUUUGACAAUACAUCAACAGAAGAAGCGCGUCAAUUUGUGCGAGUCUGCCUAGCUCUUACCGUGGCAGAGCAGGCAUCUCUUCUACGCUUUUGCACGGGAAUACCCUAUCUGGAGUCUAAUGUCCUGGUGACUGUGUGCUUUUCCCUUCCAAAGGGAUUUCUUCCUCAAGGGCGUACGUGCGCCAACUUGCUGGAGCUUCCAAAGAAAUCAACCGACAGCGAGCUUCUGCAGCUCCUCCGAGACGCUAUGGAACACAUGUAUUAUGGGUUUCUCUAG